AUUUCGAGUAUUCGAAUUUCAAGAAACCGACCAUUUGAAUUCCGAGUACUGUAAUUGUAAUUGCCGUCAUUCCAAUUACGAGUACUCGGAAUUCAAAAUGCCAUUGUUUUAUUUGCGAGCACUCGAAAUUCAAAUUUGUAUAUUUGAAUUCCGAUUAUUUGGAACUCAAAUACAGACCAUUGAAAUUUCGGAUACUCGGAAUUCAAAAUGUGUGUUUUUAAAUUCCGAGUACAGUCGCUGCAGAUUUGGUUAAUUACCGUGUAUUAAUAAAAUAAAAAGCGUAUGAAAUAUGGAUAGAUAUACAGAUACAAAAACAUUGUUUUGAAAUCUGUUGUAUGUGUGUACUGUGUAGCUGUGUACACAUUCUGUAGGAAGUCAGUACUUAUAGUCAAUAGUCACUGACUAUUAGUCAGUGACUAAUUGUUGUUGUUGAGCCCGUUAACUGAUAAGACGGAUGCACAAGACAGAGAAACGCGGUGUAUGUGUUGUGGCUGUGGAGAAUCGUGACAAAUCUAAAAAUAGAUUUACGUGCUCGGACAAAGCACGCUUAAAUAUUAUUGCUGCACACGAGCUCAUGAGUUGUAUGAAAUGGUUAAAUUCGGUUAUCUUUUCACAGACGUUGGUCCAGUUGUGUGGUUUUCUUGAUAAAAAUGAAGUAAAGUAGCGCAUUCCAAAACUUUCACAGUGCCGUAAACAUGGGGUAAAUUUGUUUUCCAAUGAGUACUUCUAAUACUAUAUUCAUAAUGGCGUCGGCAUCGCAAGAGAGCGGAGGUGGCAGUGAGCCGCUGCGCGGCAGAAAGAAACCAAUCUUCCUCUGUUUGGAAUUAUUUUACUUUCGACGCAUCCGAAAAACGGGCUGUUUGCAAAGCUGAGGGAUGCAAGUUUGCCCAGACUGGCCGUAUAACGAGUAACCUGCGGACUCACCUUUCUCGAAAGCACCUGGAACUGUUCAACGCCUUGUUGGAAGAAGAGGAGAAAAAGGACAGCGCGACGGGAAAAAAGACUUCCACUGCAAAACGUGUGUCGAAGUGGAGCAACGACGCGGAAAGCCAGGCGAGCGCAACCAACGCACUAGCGGCCUUUAUCGCAUGCACUCCAACGUCUGUGAAUGCAGUACAGCAUCGGAUGUUCAACACAUUUUGCGCUAGGCUGAGAGCAGACUAUGUGGUUCCUGGACGUACAAAGAUAACUGACACAAUGGACGAACUCUACUCCUUGAUGAAAGAAAAAGUGGGAAGUGCCUUGCAAAAUGGCGGAUUGAUUACAAUUUGCGCCGACAUAUGGACAAAGAAAGGGAUGACUGAAUCAUUUUUGGGUGUAACUGCCCACUUCUUGUCUCCGGAGUGGGAACACAAAGCAGUAACACUGGCAGUGCGUUCCUUGCGCCGACCCCACACAGCUGUGCGGAUUAAAGAAAUGGUCUACAAAAUAACAGACGAAUGGAAAAUUCCCCGAGAUCGAUUUUUCGUUAUUGUCACGGACAAUGGUACGAAUAUGACUGCGGGAUUUAAGGAAGUAUCGUUGGACCUUUUUGACGAGGAGAACUUCGAAGCCGUUGCUGAGGCAAAUGAGGAAUGCGAAGCGCUAGCUACCACAGCAGUCCUGAAUGCGUCCAUGGACGAGGAAGCUUUAAGCGAAUCAGUAGAGCAGGCGGAGCUUACCAGCGGCGACACACUUACACCUGUUGAUCCUGAUGCAGUUAUCCGAGAAGAGAUGCAGAAUUAUGACGAGGCAGAGGCAGAUCACGACCGUACCUUUGCCGAGUUUCAAAGAAUCCCCUGCUUCAAUCAUCUCCUUCAGUGCGCCGUCCGGUCAUUUGACACAGUGAAGGAGUGCCGCGACAUCAUUAAGAAAGCGAAAAAACUUGUUUCCAAGUUUAACCAUUCCAAUACAGCAACGGCGGCCCUGAUAGACCGAUCAGGCAAAAAACUGGUUGGAGAUGUGGAGACCCGAUGGAACUCUACUUACAUCAUGUUGAAAAGGCUGUGCGAGCUGAAAGAUGACGUUGACAAUGUGUGUGAACAGAACGGUUGGGAUUCACUUCUUGCUCACGAGUGGUCGGCCAUUGACGCGUUACGGAAGUUUUUGGAACCUUUCGAUACCUAUACCACAAUUUCCAGUGGACAAGAUUAUACAACGAACGACAUGUACGUCGCUAUCUUGUUGGAACUGGAUAAACACUGUCGCACAGCCCUUCAGUCUCGAAGAUCAAUGGUAUCAGCCGCAGCACACGUUGUACUUGCUGCUGUUGACCAGCGAUUUGCACGAUUUUUGGACCCUCAAAAUGUGAAGCAUAACCCAUUUUAUUUGGCUGGCUGUUUUUUGCAUCCAUUCUUGUGGAGGCUGAUGACAAACGAACAAGUGGAUUCAGCAGUGAAAUUUGUCAAGGCGACGUACGGUAAAUAUUUUCCUUCCGCACCUGCGCCUGGUCCUUCGUCAGACGAGCAGCAGCCCAGUCCUAAGCGAGCGCGAUUCACCAACCUCUCAGACAAACUGGGCAAUUUGAGAACACACAUGGCUGCGGAAAGGUCAAGGUCAACGUUGGAAAACGAAAUUGGGCGGUACAAAGCCGCCAGUUAUCCGGAAUUUACUGAACAGAGCGAUGCUGUACGAUUUUGGAAGUCGUCACAUGGCAAAAGUUUCGAAAAGCUGUCGAAAAUUGCUGCUGCCGUUUUAGGUGGAGUUGCUACCAGCACAUCAACAGAACAGCUGUUCUCAGUUUCUGGUUUCCAGACUGUUGGGCGCAGAAAUAGACUAGGCGGGCAUCGACUGGAAGUGGAAACGCUACUGAACAAAAACUUGCCUUUUUACGAAGAUUUUGUGUAAAGUUCGGUUUUCAGCUUAACACCAUUCAGGCGUCACCUAGUUUUACCCGGCAGCCUAAGUAGCUCACGGUUCUAGGAUGAAAAUGCCUGUACUUGUGUUUUUACUUUGUUGUAUAAUUGUUAGUUAGCGUUGAGUUAUAACGAUAAAAGUCUGCAGGAUUCGUUG